GGACAGCUUUUUAGUAGGUUUUGUUGUUGUUGUUUUUAACGAACAAGAUUUAACUUGAUUUCUAUUAGAUUACGCGUUCAGGUCAACAGGUCACAUAAGGCCUAUGUGUGUCCAUAACGGAUUGUAUUCUAUUUAAAAAUGUUGUCAAUUAACGCAACAAGAAUUAAACCUCAUUUAUUUCAUGUCGAAUUGUAAACCAUUGAUGCACAUUACACGGAAAUUCCAAAACGUGCGUUUGCUUAUUCCUUUAAUACCUAUGAUAUAGGCCUAAUGUCAUGUUCAAUGGUUGCAUGUUGCAUGGUAAAUACUUUUUUUAAAAUUCAGAUUCAAAUGAUAUAACAUAUUUAAAGCAUUUUCUCUCUAACUUAACUGUGCUUCAUGUAUUUAUUUAACUAAAGAGUUCAUGAAUAGGCUAGAAUAAAACAGAACAUCUUUGUUGCUACACGACCAAUGGGAAUAGGCCUUGGUUCAGCUGUGAUACAACGCGGAUUAUAAUAUGGACAACAAUAGAUUGUUUCAUUUAAUUACGUGGCACAAUAAUUUCAGUUCAUCUAAAUACAUUGGUCUUGAUCUUGCCCACGCGCAUGCAUACAGAUUAAUUUCUCAUCUGUUCGAGGCUGAUGUUAUAAACAGACACGGAUGUUUUUGUAUUUGAGUCAGUUUCUACGAUCUUCCGACUGUUUCAGUCAACACAAAUGGCAACAUUUCUACGUCUUUGAACAACAAUAUCUACAGUUCCAGGUAGAAUCCAUCUUGAUUUAAUUACAGAGGAAAAUAUACUUUAUAUAGCUAGGCUAUUACAAAAUCUUUUUAGACACUGGAGUGAAGACUUCUUAGUAUAAAGCAGGUCGCCUAAGGCGCUAAUCAACAACAAGCUUUUAUGUUUUUAAUAAAUCGUUAUCAAUUAGAAAUAUAAUUUUAAAGAAAUAAUUAACCAAUCAGUUUUUGACCCCAAAGUAUUCUUUCACCUUACGUGCUGUUUUCAUCUUGGUCACACUGAAAAAAUUUUUAUAAUUUUUUUUUUUUUUUUAUUACGAUCUGUUUUGAUAUAGAUUUAUGCUACCCUUAUAUAUUUUCACAUCAAAUUAUAUAUAUAUAUAUAUAUAUUAGGCUUUCUAACUGGCACAUCAUUGAAAAAUUAACGUGAUGUUAUGAGUUUAACCUACUUUGCUUAUUCUGCUUUUCACAACCAAAGACAAGGUUUGCAAUAAAUAAAUAUACAAAUAAAUGAAUCAUAUAGGUAAAACAAAGAGAGUAUCGUGUGUGUGAUAUCAACUAAAUAUUAAAAGUAAGACGUCUACAAUAUUUAAUGAAAACAUCACUUUCAACUUGGACCAUUGUGUAGUUAAUUGGUUUUAAUGUCAAAAUCUUGAAUGAUUUGCAUUCUGUUUGGUUCAAUACUUCAAAAAGUCUUUAAAUUCUUCAAUAAAUAGGAUAAUGAAUAUUGCUAAAGUCUGCCAUUGUCAGCUGUUCUAAAUGACGGUCGAUGUCUUUUUUUUUUCACCCUUCGCUUGCAUAAUUCCCAGAGAGGCAAAGUAAAAAUGAAAGACGACAGAUGUGUACAUUUAAAAGGAGUCUUAAUCUUUAUUUUUAUUACCUCCUUCUUACAUGAGACUGAAUGAAGUCCAGCAGAAACAGGUGGUUCUGUUCCUGAUGGAUUGGGUUACUCUGCAAUUUCAUGCUUAGUUCGCCUCUGUCCCAAGAAAAAAAUUAGGUCAUUCACAAGUAAGUCAAGUCUAUAAAAGAAGACACAGUGAAUUUGUUUAUGUGAUAGUGGUGUGCUGCGGUAUCAACGGGCAGCAGAAAAUAUGAAUCUGCUAUUAGUAGUAUGCUAUAAUAGCUACUAAUGAUGUUUUUGUAUUUGCUUCCUUGCGUCAACUCAAAGUACCGUUUCCAUUCCAUUUUUACGCGUUCACUAUAGUCUUAAUAACAGAACACCUACAAGCUAUAGUUGACUGCUUUGGUAGGCAGUGUUAUCAUGUCCAUGGUAAAGGUGAAGCUUUGUUAUCUGUCUUAUUUUGAAACUAUAGUUUAUCGUUUGUGUGAAGCUGACGCUGGUAGCUAGUCUACAGUUUGUUGUGUUGUGUUGUGUUGUACGUAAUUCUGGCAGAGGGUAUUAGUCUUGUGGAAUGGCUCAUUGACAGACAGCAGCUCAGGAACGACAGCACAUUGACGGGUUUGGAUGGAGCUGAGGACAUGCCUGAGAGAUCGCAUGAAAGAGACGAUGGGGUUCAUUACUGUAAUUACGCUGAUUGAAUCUCUCAUGAGGUUGAUGAAAAGUCGCACUCCCUCUGACUCGGGCUCUCUAACCUCUUUCCCGUGGCCUCAGAGGGUUCUGUGCACGGGGUGAUGGCGGUUUUACCCGGGCUGCUGGCCAGUCUCUCUGCAGCUUACGGUUGCACAGCCUCAUUUGCAUGAAAUGUACAGCCAAAGCAAUUCAAAUAAUUUCAAUAAGCCUUAGGUUGCGUAAGCAGUUCAGUAAUAAAAUCUGUAAAUAAUUAGCCUUAAAAUAUAAUACAUGGAUUUCUUGUGAAUUUUCUGUUUAACUCAUGCACUCAUUCAUUUUGCUUUGCAUCAGAGUUAAGGCCUGAAUUUCUCUGCUUUUCGUUUGUCUUUAAACUAUCACUAACGUGCGCGCACAUUUGGUAAUUCAAAUGUUUUUUUUUUUUUUAAGUGCAUGCUUUUUGAUGUGGUAGUUCUAAUGCCAACCAUUUUAAAAGUUUAACUUAGACUGCUAAUUUAGAUUCUGCGCAAGAUUUGCAGCUUUUCCUCCAAAACAUUAGGCUAAAACAGCAAAGAACGUGGGCAUAAAUAAUAAUAAUAAUAAUAGCUUUUAUUUUAUCGGCAAUUUCGUUCAUAAAUCUAAUUUUGAAUAAUCUUCUAUUCGUUCUGUGAUUAUUAUUAUUAUUAUUAUUUAGAAUAGGCCUAUAGAUCUGUCACUGGGGAACAUGUCUUUAGUCGGUUUAACCCCACGCGUGUCCAAAAACAUCAUACGAUGUAUUUUAAGAAAACAAAAAGAAAUAUUCUGGAGCCAAUGUGCUGAAUCAGAUUUUCCACUUUAUUUUAUUUUUGCUAUAUAUUUUUUUUCAAAGGCCUCAACCCAUGAUGGUCUGAGUGAAUCCAAGUCGUUAUCGUUUACUGCUGCAGAUUCGGAGGCCAGCCCGGGCUCUGACGGCGAGGGUCUGGCGGAGAGGACGUCCUGCUCGUUCGGUUCCCCGGCGGACCUGACCCCUGCCGCCUGCGACCCUUCACCCUCCGCGUCAAUGGAGGAGAUCCAGGUGGAGCUGCAGUGCGCUGACCUGUGGAAGCGCUUCCACGACAUUGGUACAGAAAUGAUCAUCACAAAAGCAGGAAGGAGAAUGUUCCCUGCCAUGAGAGUUAAAAUCGUCGGACUGGAUCCACAUCAGCAGUAUUACAUUGCCAUGGACAUUGUACCAGUGGACAACAAGAGAUACAGGUACGUGUAUCACAGCUCAAAGUGGAUGGUGGCGGGAAAUGCAGAUUCCCCAGUGCCGCCCAGAGUCUAUAUCCACCCGGAUUCACUGGCUUCAGGAGACACCUGGAUGAGACAAGUGGUCAGCUUUGACAAACUCAAACUCACCAACAAUGAACUGGAUGAUCAAGGCCAUAUCAUCCUGCACUCGAUGCACAAGUAUCAGCCCCGUGUCCACGUGAUCCGGAAAGACUUCAGCAGUGAGCUUUCUCCAACUAAACCUGUUCCUACAGGGGAAGGAGUAAAGACGUUCAGCUUCCCAGAGACCGUGUUCACUACGGUCACAGCCUACCAGAACCAACAGAUUACCCGUCUAAAGAUCGACCGCAACCCAUUUGCCAAAGGAUUCCGGGACUCAGGGAGAAACAGGACUGGGUUGGAGGCAAUAAUGGAGACGUAUGCUUUCUGGAGACCUCCGGUGAGAACGCUGACAUUUGAGGACUUCACAAACAUGCAGAAACAGCAAGGAGGGAGCACUGGCACCUCUCCCACUACCUCCAGCACUGGCACUCCAUCUCCCUCCGGUGCGACACACCUUCUCUCCCCUUCCUGUUCCCCUCCUACUUUCCAUCUGGCACCCAACACCUUCAAUGUGGGCUGCAGGGAGAGCCAGCUAUGUAACCUGGGCUUGUCUGAGUACCCCGCAUGUGCUAGAAGCAACAUGGCUGCCCUGCAGGGCUACGGAGGACUGGCCGACGGCUCCUACGGCCGCCUCCAGACCACAGGAGGCACUGUAACCUCCGCCCAGGCCUCCGAUUCCUUCUUGCCUCAGAGGACUUCCUCUCUCAUCGCUGCAGGAAUGCAGGGAGGGGCUCAUGCCUCAUUGGCUGCUGGUAACGGCAGCGGUGGCAGCGGUGGGGGUAAGAUGGAUGCGUAUGGAAGUCAGCUGGCCUCUUUUCCCGCAUCCCAGCUGCAGUACGUCAUGCAGGCAGGGGCGAGCUCCGCCUCUGGGUCAUCAGCUUCAUCCGGCUCAUCCCCUUCCUCCGCCCAUAUGUUCUCUGGGAGCCAUCAUCAUGUGCAGCAGAGCACAUACAACGCUUUUUCCCUUCACAAUCCCUACAACCUGUACGGAUACAACUUCCCGGCAUCACCGCGCCUGGCUGCCAGCCCAGAGAAGCCUCAGGGUGGCUUAUUGUGCUCUUCCUCCUCUGCUGGAGCAUUUGCAGAACGCCAGUACCUGUCCAAUAGUGGCAUGGACAGUAUGCACAUGAUCGGCAACCCCGCCGGCAGCCAACAGGGGGCCAGCAGCUGUGAUGGCCGCCAGUAUGGCCCCUCUUCACAGAUGUCCAUGCACAUGGUUUAAAGCGCUUGAAAAAGUAAAAUAAACCAAAAACAGAUAAAAACACGAACAGCUGCUGCAGUUUUUUGCUCAGCAUUACAGGGUUUUCAGAGUUUCAUUAUUCAAAAGGUCUGAUACAUUGGUGUGAGCAUUUCGCCAUCAUGACAUUGGUGACACCAGCCGUUCAAUGUGGACUUAUUGUCAUCUCAUUGCCUUAUCACUCAUCAGACUAAAAUGGAGUUAAAGUGUUACUUGUUUUCAUCUCUUACUUAAUAUGGCGUCAAAGCAAAUGGAUAUACAAGCUAAAAAUGACUUGACUGUUGUUGUUUCUGACCUGCCGUCCUCAACAAUGUGCAAAAACUGAACUAAAUCAAAUGAGGUCCGAUUUUUAGAAGAUGGAUUCUGGUGAGGAUUCAUAUUUGGUGCAAUAAUAACCGCAAUAAUGGCCCACAUGAACAGAGACAUCAGCCAGAACAAAACAUAUCCUCAAAACUGUGACGAAUAAAUGUUGUCAGUAUGUUGUUUUUGUUGUCGAUAAUAUACAAUGCUUGUCAUAGUGGUUGCGAUACAAUGUUGGAAACUGACUCUCUCAGGAUGGCAAAGUUAAAUCCUCCUGUAAUAACAGGGUGUCUGUGUGAUUCUGACAAUCUGUUACUGAAAUGCUGAACCUUUGCCUAUUGGUUUGGAAAUGGCUUAACCAUAUCCUGAGUGGAACAUAAACAUAUAAACAAUAGUGAAUGCACGUAAAGCACAUAGGUUUUAAAUUGUUGUGUGGGUAAAAACCAUAGGAAGACAAGGUAAUUAAGGUAUAUGCUUUGGAGUGUUUGUAAAUGAAUAUAUUUAAAUGCUAAGCAAUUAUAUGGCCAGUGUAUGUUGAAUUAAAACCAGUGUGGGAGGAAUGAACAAAUGUUGUUUUAGGCUUUUAAGACUGUAAAUACAAGUGCCAAGCACAUAAAGCUCAUUAAAUAAACAUAUUAUAAGUCA